UGAUUUAAAUUUCCUAACCAAAGAUAAUAAAAUUAUAUGUUUAUGAUGAUGACCGUUCUCCUAUAGGAUAAAUUUUAAACCAAAAAUAAAAUAAUUGUAAAAAACUUUCAUUUUCCAAUAUAUAUGCCUGGGUCCUUGCUACCUUUUACAUUUCACAUCUAGUAGCCGAAUCCCGUCAAUCAAAAAAAUCGGGUGAUAUGGCAAUUGAGAAUCAUUCGACAACAAUACCGGUGUUAAUGACUGGCACAGCUUUAUUGGCAACGACCUUUUAUUUCAUAUAUCAAUUCUGGAUACGAAACAAAGCAUCUAGACCAAAGUUGUUGGAAAAUCCCAAAGAAAAAUAUCCAGUGGCUUUAAUUGAACGAGAAGAAAUCUCACAUGAUACUCGUAGAUUUAGAUUUGGUUUGCCAACUAGUGAUCAUGUACUUGGCCUUCCCGUCGGUCAACAUGUUUACAUGUCCACUACAUUGAAUGGAAAAUAUAUUUCACGUUCUUACACACCGGUGACCAGUGAUGAUGAUCUGGGUUAUGUUGAUUUUGUCAUCAAAGUAUAUUUUGCAAAUGUACAUCCUAAAUUUCCCGAAGGCGGAAAAUUGUCUCAAUUUUUAAAUAAUAUGAAAAUAGGUGAUAAAAUUAACAUUGCUGGCCCGAACGGAAAUUUAAUUUACAAAGGGUUGGGAAAAUUCUCAAUCAAAGAAGGCUAUGGCUCACCAUUUAUUCAACGAACCUAUUCAAAAGUCGGAAUGAUUGCUGGUGGUACUGGCAUCACACCAAUGUUGCAAAUCAUUCGACAUGUAUUCAAAGAUCCCAAAGAUAAUUUACAAAUAUGGCUUUUAUAUGCUAACCAAACCGAAAAAGAUAUUCUAUUGCGAAAAGAAUUGGAAGAAGUGCGCGAAAAACAUCCUGAUCGUUUAAAACUCUGGUACACAUUGGAUCGACCUUCAGAAGGUUGGCAAUACAGUACUGGCUUUAUAAAUGAUGAAAUGAUAUCGAAACAUUUACCACAACCCAGUGAUGAUACAUUUAUUCUUAUGUGUGGUCCACCACCAAUGAUCAAACAUGCAUGUUUGCCAAAUCUUGAUAAACUUGGAUACUCAGAGAAACAUCGAUUUUCUUAUUAAUUUACAAAUUGAAAAUCCUUGAAUAAAAUCAUUUGGACAAAAAAAA